UGAAAAUACCUCCACUUCAUCGUGCAAUAUACCAGGAACGAAACUUCGCUUCCUGAUCAGUUCAGCCUGAAAGUCUGCAACUUGUGCUCCCAAAAUAUUCACUCCCUCACAGUAAAUUUCGCCCCAGUGAGAAGUAUCGAGCUUUAAUAAAGAGACGGGGUGCGUGAAUUAAAUUGAGGCUCUGAAGCGACCAAGUGCCGAACAUUUCGUUUACACGUGCGAAUUUUAAAACCCACCGGUUCUUGAUGAGCACCAACGUUGUGCCACUCCAAACUGUCUCCAUCUCCUCCAAGCGACCAAUUUUGUGCAGAGACCCAAGAUUAAGAUUACAAAGUUGGUCUAAGCGCUGGAUGCAGUUUUAAACCUGCUCAAUUGGGGAGGCAUCUCGAAUUCAUGCCCUAAUCAUCGACUUCGCCCAGUUUCACAUAUUUCAGUAUUAUUUUAGUAUUGCCAUUAUCUGUCGAAGAGUAUUAUUUUUUACUAUUAUUUUACCGUUAUCAUAUGUGUGACUAAGUAUUAAUUGACAAUUGGAUAUUGAAGAGCAAAUUAGUAUGGAACCCCACGUUGAAAAGCUAGGAAAUGGGACGGCACCCAUUGUAAGCUGGGCGGGCUCUCCGGCCCAUCUGGCUCCGCCGCCUUAUACAGCGAUUGAGGAGAAACAGACCGAAGUCACAUUUGAAGACAGCGAUUCGCUUUACUCUUCAACUAGCACAUUGAGUAUUGCGGAGAGGAAGUUACGUAAACCGAAAAUACCAGACGGAGGAUGGGGUUGGGUAGUGGUGUUUGCCUCGCUGAUUAUAUCAAUGAUCGCCGAUGGCAUUAGUUUUUCGUUUGGUCUUCUCUACAUCGAGUUCUUGUACGAGUUUGGAGCAUCUAAAUCGGUCACAUCUUGGAUUGGCAGUUUGUUCAUGGCUGUUCCAUUACUGACUGGCCCCGUCAUGAGCGCACUAGUAGAUCGUUUCGGCUGCAGAAAAAUGACUAUCAUUGGCGGAAUAGUUUCGGCCUUUGGUUUUGUCUUGAGCUCAUACGCACAAUCGAUCACAAUGAUGUAUAUAACAUUCGGAUUCAUUGCCGGGCUCGGAUUGGGCCUCUGUUACGUUACGGCCGUAGUCUCCGUCGCCUACUGGUUUGACAAGAAACGAUCGCUCGCAGUCGGUCUAGGUGCGUGCGGUACAGGAAUUGGGACCUUCGUAUACGCACCCAUGACCCAACACUUUAUAGCCGAGUACGGAUGGAGGGGUACCACCUUAUUGCUUGCAGGAACGUUUCUUAACAUGUGCGUGUGUGGAGCAUUGAUGAGGGAACCUGAGUGGCUAGCGGUUGAAGAACAAAAUAAGGCUCACUCGACUGGAAAACGUUCAAUCAAAAACGCAUCGAGCCUCGGUUCAGUGUCUGGUAGAAGUGUCUCAGAAUCAGAUUUUCCAGGUGUCGAAGAGAUCAGGAAACUAAUGAAAAGUGGAGAAAAGCCCGAAUAUAUCUUGCAAACCCUCGCCACCUCUAUGGACGCCAAUCACACUGAACAGCCUGUCGCACGUGACCGUUUUCGUUCAGAGGUCAACCUACCUACAUUCGUGAGAAAGAGCGAAACUGUACCCUUGGAGGUGCUCGAACAACUCAGUUCGAACACACGAUUGUACAAUGUGAUUUUAGAAAACUACCCCACACUUUUAUCCUGUCGGAGUACCUCUGAUAAGGGGUUAAAUCACAUAACAGAAAAUGUAAUUUCGCCAACGGCAAGGCUGCCAGUAAAAAUGUCGAUGAAAUUGAAAAGGGCCAAGAAACACCAAGACCCAGUUGGCCAUGCAACCGAGGUUCAGGAGCCACUGUUGAGUCCGGCAGCCGAUGUGAAAGUGGUGUCAAAUCACCUACCGGCAAUGAAGCGAGUUGACUCGUUUAUCAUGAUGAAAACGUGCGGACCUCGUCACUAUUUAAAAGAUAUUAAAUUGCACAGAAAUUCGGUGAUGUACCGCGGUGCUAUGUUGAACAUACCUAAAUAUCGGCUGCGCGCAUCUAGCUGUCCGGACAUUUACCGUAAUUCCAUGAUUACACUCGCAAAUGACGAGGAGGAGAAAUGGUACUCUGGUAUUAUUGAGGUAUUAAAAGACAUUGCCGAUUUCUCCCUGUUUCUCGAGCUUCAUUUUCUAAUUUUAAAUUUGUCGACCAUACUUCUGUUCACAUGGUUUAUUGUGCCUUACUUCUAUCUCGCUGAGCAUCUUACCAGGCACGGGUAUACUGAAGCUGAAGCAUCCGGUGUUAUAUCCGUAAUUGGUGUUACUAACACAAUUGGAAUGAUCGCUCUAGGUUGGGCUGCUGAUCAACCAUGGAUGCAUGUUAGCAAAACGUACGCUGUGAGCCUUAUUUUGUGCGGAAUCUCCUGUGCGGCAAUGAUGUUGUUUACAGACAAUUACGUUUGUCUAAUGAUUUCGGCCGCAUUCUUCGGGUUAUUCUUCUCUAGCAACUACUCUUUUACACCAGCAAUGGUUGUGGACAUUAUCUCCUUGGAGAAAUUUACAAAUGCGUAUGGAUUAAUUCUUCUAAGUCAAGGGAUCGGCAAUUUACUGGGACCACCGGUUGCUGGUUUGAUUUUUGAUUUAACUGGAAGUUGGAACCAAUCAUUUUGGCACGCUGGUUUCUGGAUAGUAAUCGCUGGUGUCUUGUUAGGCAUAAUUCCUUACACAAAGGAUAGAAGAAUUUGUGGGUCUAAGACUAGUUCAGUAGAUGAUACAGAAAGUGUUUAAUGUUGAGGGCCGCAUAGUAAAAAAUUCGAUUUCAGUUCACCAAAUUCCUUGCUAUUUUUUGAGAAAUGUUUAUUCACUGGCCUUAAUAAAUGCAGUUUAAUCAAAGUAGCUAAUAGAGCUGCACUGAAGAAACUUUAAGUACUUAAGUAGAUGCGGAACUAUGCCUGCGCGAAAAUCUGUGCUAUUGUAUAGCGAGCCGCUAGGGGGCCGUUAUGCAACAGCGCAGAGUUUCACAAAUAGCAUAAUUUAGUACUUAACUUAUACAAUUCACGAUAGUUAAAUGUCUAAAUACUUCUAGAUUCAUUCUCUAAGGGCGGAGAUACACACCAGAAUAAAUUAAUUCAAUAGAUAAGUAAGUAAGUAAUGAAGGUGCAUAUCUCUGCCCACAAACAGUAUAUGUAUUAUGCUCGCCAGGAGAGAAUGCUGGCCACAGAACACCUGAUGCCGGCGGUCUACAAUCGUAUAUGAAAAACACGAUUGUAGACAGGCACCAGGUGUUUUGUAACAGGCAUUCUCUCCUGGCAAGUAUUAUAGUAUAGUACCUACUUUGCAUACUCGUUACUAAAUUUCUUUUUCUAUGUACUUACUUCUUGAUGGGUCUUUUGAUUUCAAUUUACAUAUACGUAGGUUUAAAGCCGUUGUAUAAAACACGUGUACUUAUUAUAUGCUCGGCUUAAAGAUAAUAAUGUGUUGGUACUUAUAGCUUCAAUAUAAUGUGGAAUGAAACAAU